AUGAAAUUUUUUAAAGUUUAUUUAUCAAUUGUUUUUAUUUUUUUAAAAUUAUCAUUAUCAUAUGUAAAUAGUGAAUUUUUAAAGAUUGAUUCAUAUGAUAAUUCAACAUGUAAAGAUAAAUUAUUAAUUUAUAGCAGCGAAUGGAUUAAAUUAAAUUAUUGUGAUGGUAAUACUAUCUAUAGAUUCGUUCCUCCAAAUGUGGGUGAUGGUAUCACUGAAAAUUCAACAACAACAAAAACAACAACAACAACAACAACAUCUGUCGGAAACUCAUCAUCAACAACAACAACCACUAGUAUAAUUACAUCGUUGGAUAUUUUUACCACUGCAAUUAGUUCAAUGACUGGUUUUGGUGCUUUAAAUGUUGAUUUUUUAUUGGAAUCCAAUGAAUCACAAAAUAGUAAUGAUAAUCAAACUACUACUACCACAUCUUCUUCAACAACCACCAAAAUACCAACUACAACAUUAACUAGUUUAUCAAUAACAACAAUUGGUAUCUUUCAAAAUGGAAUGGGUAGUGUGGUUAAAUAUUAUUGUUUAAGUAUUGGUUGUUCAGCUCAAUGUGUUUCAAUUCAAGCAUUCCCAUUAGGAGUUUGUACACCAUCAAAUGGAUUGGAUAAUGUUUUAUACUCAAUUGUUGAUAAUACAAGUUCGAUCAUUACCAAGAGUACAAAUAUUACCAAUCCAGGAACCAAUAAUGGAUUUUGUCAAUCAUUCAUUUCACCAAAAUCUUGUAUUUCUUCAUUGAAUAAAGUAUAUCAAUAUAAGAAUGAUCAUUGUGGUAAAGGUUUAAAAAUUAAUUGUACUGGUAGUCUUUAUUCAACUUUUACUUGUUUAGAUAAUGAUUGUGAUCAAUGUACUCAACAAACAAAUUCAUAUCAAUUAAAUAAAUGUAUUUUAUUAAAUAAUGGAAGUAGUGGCGCUGUUUUUAGAUCAGUUUUAAAAACUCCAAUCACUGAUUUCACUUUACCACCACUUGGUAGUUCAAAUUCUGAUUAUGAUUCAUUAAUUCCACGUGAUUCUUCUUCCUCUUCUUCUUCCUCUUCAUCUUAUUCUUCAAUUCCCACUCUAUAUAUUUCAAUUAUUAAUUUUAUUUAUUUAUUUAUUUUUUCCAAUCACUAA